AUGUCGACCAGAUCGCAGAGCGAUGAUGAAGGCAAUGCGUUGCUUCCCAGCUCUGGUCCUUCCGUCGUUGGUUCGGCUAUAGCUGUGCCAGCUUCAUUCGUAUCCACAUCGAUACUGGAAGCUGGAGGAUAUCAGAAGCUGGGUGUGGAUCGAAAACCGAGCGACGACGAGCAGCGCAAGAGUCGCAAGGCGCUGGCUCGACGCUGGUCGGAGCCAUACAGCGACGAUGGCAUCGUGGACCUGCUAGACGCGUCUCGCUUCGGCUUGCUAGUCAACUACGCGUGCAUCGGGACCCUGAACGGGUUACUACCGGCACUGGUGUACCCGUUCUUCAAGCUCUAUCUCAACAUGGAUGGCUUCCAGGUCUCAGCUGCAGCCGCAGUAGUGCAGUUACCGUGGUCUUACAAAACGCUGUUCGGGUUACUGUCCGACCACGUGCCAAUCGCUGGAUAUCGACGUAAGUCGUAUAUGCUGAUCGGCUGGGCUAUCAGCAUCGCGGCACUCGAUGCUGCAGCUUCAGGAGGCCAAUAUCUCCUCCGUUUGCUUGUCGUGUGUGCUGGAUACGUAAUGACUGACGUAGCUUGUGACGGUGUUAUGGUGGAGAUGGCGCAGCUUGAGCCGAUCGAGAUACGUGGGCAAGCGCAAGCGACGAUCUACAUGGUUCGCUACAGCGCCAACUUGGUGGCAGGCCUCGUAGCGGCACUGUGCUUCAACGGCAAAGUGUACGGCGGGACAUUCUCCUGGACCGUAGCACCGAACAGUGUCUUUUGGGGCUGCGCAGCUGUGGCUCUGCUUGGUUGCUGCGGUACAAUGCUCUUCCUCGACGAAGCACGCGCCGGGUCAAGUCAUACAAGCAAGAGCAAACCAAUCCCCGCCACACCGAUGCGUGACAUGUGGCGUAUUCUGCAACAACGCGCGAUCUGGCAGCUUGUAGCGUUCCACUUUUGGCAUUCCUUCCUCACAUCCGUCAGCUUUUCGGACCUCGCCGCGAUACAGGAGUUCUGGGUGGGCGUCACACCGCUCAACAACAGUUUGGCUGGUUGCGUCUCCACGGCGCUGGUUGUCUUCGCGACGUUCUUGAUGCGUGAGUACUUCCUCAACGCUAGCUGGCGCUGGAUCAUGCUCACCUGUUCGUUAUUCACCACCGUGGUUUUUGUCGGGGUGAAUGUGGUGACAACUUUCGACAUCGUACGCAGCCAAUGGUUCUACCUUGGCGGUCCCCAACUCGCUGCCAUCCCGGAAGGCAUGCGUGCCGUCGUAGCAGGUUUCGUGACUGUGGAAAUCGCUGAACAGGGCUUCGAAGGCGCGACGUACGCGCUGCUGACUACUGUGCACAACUUGGCCUGGCCAUUUGCGCAGAGCGUGACCAACAUCGUGGACGCGUGCUUUGACGUGUCGGACAAGACCAUCGCCUCAGACACGCGACACGUGCGUUGGCAAGUUGCGUAUUGCCUCUUUAUAGCAGGAAGCGUGCAGCUGCUGGGACUCGUGACACUGGUACUGCUACCCGACCAAAAGCAACAAGCGCAGGACUUGAAGCGCCUUGGAGGCUCGAGCCGCCUCGCUGCGAAAUUGACGAUCGUCGGCAUGGUUGUAACGCUAUCGUGGGCCACCACAACUAACAUACUUGCAAUCCACAGCUCGACCGCAUGCUUGAGCAUCGCCGGCGGUCAAGGGUGUUAA